UCCCGCUGGUGUCGCUCACGCAACGAGUGGCCAGGAUGCCUGCCAUUAAUAAGAGAAUAGAAGAAGAAAGUCACUUCCGUAAACACAAGAUGUCUCAGCCUGAAUUAUGUUGUACAACCUCUGAUGCCAUAGAAACAUCUUGUGUGAGUGAGGAUAAAGAAGCUUGUAAAGAUGACUCUGCUGACACAAACAGUAAGUGUGUGGGCACUGACGGUGGCGCUCCAGACAGCAGUGUCAGGGACCGCGUGUUAAGGGAGGUAGGAUUCACCAGCUCUGCCUUCAUCGGUCCAGCAUUUCCUCCACAAACAACUGCAGCCGAGUCUGUCAUUGAAGACUCGCUGAGUGAGUUUUACAAAGAGCUUGAGAAGAUCAAUACCCCUGAUGGUGCUAAUGGUAACCCAGGGAAACAAGAUGCAGCUUUUGAUCAGCCACUUGUACCUACUAAAUUACCCACCAGCAACAAAACUCAGGAUGUUCCUGAGGAGAAAAUUGCUACCAUGAGGGACUUUGAAGAAACAGAUGGCUCCCAAAAAAGCAAUGGAAGAAAACAGCCAGCAUGGCCUCACUGGUAUCAAAAUGAGCCAUACAAUCCCAGGAGGCAGAGGCCAGGCCCGGAGCUGAGCUCUCCCCAGUGGCGUCAUCCACAACCACUGGACAGGCCACCACACCUGAGAUUUCAGAGGCCACCAUUCCCUCACCAACCACCACCGUAUGCAUUCCCAAAUCUACAAAACCCACCACCACAUGUGAACCCUACCUUUCAACAUCCAAGCAUGGCAAACCGCUUUCAAGAGGAGCUGCGGUUUCCACCUUUUUAUAGAUUCCCACCUCCAAAUGUUUCCAGACACCACUCUCAGGGAUUUUAUGGAGGUCCUCAACAUCAGUUUGACAGGGAUGUGCAUGGCUCCAGCUAUGAUGGACACUCAGCUAAUGAAAAUGUCAGGUGGCCUAGAGAUAGAAGUGAAGAGCUCUCUCAGUUAAAUGAAGAUUAUGACAGGCUCCAGAGAUGUGAUUCAGAAAAUGAACCUUGGGAGCGACAGCACUACUAUCAGCCGCGUGACGACACACAUGCAAGCCAUUCAGCCCUGGUGCUGAUCUUGAUGCGGGGAUUGCCAGGAUCUGGGAAAUCCACACGUGCCAGGGAGCUGCUCUCCACUGGCCCCAGUGGGAUCAUUUUGAGCACAGAUGAUUACUUUGCACACAAAGAUGGCUACCACUAUGAUCCUAGUCUUCUUGGAGCAGCACAUGAGUGGAAUCAGAGAAGAGCUAGAAGUGCUCUUCAUGAUGGCCGGUCUCCCAUUAUUAUUGAUAAUACAAACAUUCAAGCCUGGGAAAUGAAGCCAUAUGUCAAAAUGGCUUUGGAGAGCGGAUACAAAGUUGACUUUUGUGAACCGGACACCAGGUGGAAAUAUGAUCCUUACGAGCUGGAGAAGAGGAACAAACACGGUGUUCCUCAGGAGAAGAUCGCGCAGAUGAUGGACCGUUUUUCUAUUCCCAUAUCCAUAGACAUUGUCAUGAAUUCAGAAGAACCGUUUCAUGUGAACCAGAGACGUCAACCAGAGCAGCCACAAAUGAUGAGGAAAAAGCCAAAUUUACAUAAUUUCUAAGACAAUUUAACAGCUUCGUAAUUUACCUUGUAUGACCAUUUUUAGAGUAAAUAUUGUGAUUUUUAUCAUUUGUACCUGUUUUUAAUAUAUUACUUUGUAUACUGUAAUUUUUUUCUAAGAAAAGAGAAAAAAUAUUUUUCUGAGGAAAUUAAAAUUGCAAUUUAGUAUGUAAUAACAGAUUUUUACAGUAUGCGUAUUCUUCACAUUACAGAACAACAGUGAAAACCAGGAGUUUGCCCUGUUUUAAAUUUAUUUUUUUACUCAUUUACAAGUUGUUCCAAUUUUUGGUGAGCUUGAUCAGUGAUUUAUCAUCUUGGUUGUUGUUCUCUUUCUUUCUUUCUUUCUUUCUUUUUUUUUUUUUUUUAGCUAGAAAUUGUUUCUUCCUGCGACAUAACCAAUAGGCAGAUUUUCAGUGCCAAAAUAGCCAAAUAUAAACAUUGAUAUGAAUUUUCUUUUUUAGUUUGUUACACUGGUGUUAGUGUUGUUCUUACAUAAUUAAAACAUUGUUGGUCCAGGAUCAGUGUUGCAACUGACCAGUCCUGUUGUCUGGGUAUUUAGUUAGCAUUAGCCAAGAAGCUAGCUAAUGCUAUUAAAAACUGUCACAAGUAAACCAAUAUGAGUAGCUAAAUUUGGCUAACAGCAAAAAUAGCUUGAUAAUAUAUUGUUAUAUAGCAUACAUUAAUAAAGGAAACACUUGAAGUGCUUUCUAUUUGUUCCAGAAGAGAGUUUUACAUAAGCAAAUGUUGAUGCAGGAACAACACCAACAUGGGAAUAUCACACACAUUGUGUGUCUGUGUGUAUAAAGAAAUUUAGUCGAUUCAAGUAUACCCUCUGAUUUUAUUAGUUUGCAGAACCACCUUUAGCAGCAGUAACUGAAGUCGCAGAAUUUCAGCCAAGCUUUAACCGUGAGACAGUUGACCGCACAGCUCACUCUAGAAUACUUUGGUAUACAGAGGAGUUUUUUGUAAACUCUGACUGCAAGAUGCCGAGGUCCUGUGGCUUCCAAAUGAACUAACUCACCCCUCUGCCACUGUGCUUGACAGCCGGUGUGAGGUGUUUGCUGAUAUGCUGUGUUGGAUGUUCAUCAGUAGCGGCUCUAUAAUAUCUGCAUUUUUGUCAUACUUUAUGUCUCCAGACGUCAUUGCCCCAGAAGUCCUGUGGUUUUUCAGAUGCAACUUUGCAAAUCUAAGCUGUGUUGCCAUAUUUUUAGAGAGAUGAAUGUUUUUUCAAAUAAUAUCAAAUAAGCCAUACGUGUUCAGUCUUUUUAUAUUAUACUACCAUGAACUUUAAUAUUUAACCUGCUAACUGGGGCCUGAAGAGGCUGAGAUUGAGCUUUUUUGGAGACUGCAGACUGCCAAACUGCUUUUAUUGAGGUGGUCACACUUACUGAUUGGUCAGUUAAUUAAGUGCAUUGAAGCAGCAGCACCUGGCUGCUAAAUGCCCUCUUAUUUCCUAUCAAAGCAGUAAAUAUGUACUUAGUUUUUCACAGGACUACACACCGUCCUGUGAAAAACAACUAAACUAUACAGUAACUUCCAUGUGAUGCAUUUUUUCUGUUUUAAUGUCUUUGUGAAAACUAUU